CGUCGUGCAGUAUCUUGGUGUGUUUAUCUUUGCUGACUGUUUUGUACCUGCUACCUCCUUUCCCCUCUGUCUCCAAUGACACUUGAUACCAGCUCGCAACAACGCUUCGCCCCUUCAAAUGGCAGUGCUCACUUCCUCCACAUAGUCACUUCCCAAGCCCUGCCACGGCCGCUGCGAGCGGAGGUACUUAGCCCCUGGACCUGCACGCCACUGACCAUGGCAAGCUCAGCUUUGGGUCGCAGCGGCCAGCGUCAGCCAAGCUUCGAAGCUAAACAUCUAGCACCAAAUCCCCUUUCAAAACCGCCACCUCCCCCUUUGUCGGACACAGAAUUGUCUCGUCAUUCAGCAACCGACACAGUCUCAGUUCUUGCGCCGUCACCCAGUCGUGGGGGAGGAAGAAGUGCUGCCGUAUGCCACUUUCUGUAGGACCCGAUGGCGAAAGUGAUGAUGCUGCGUGUAGCGUCACGGUACGUACCCUCAACUGGCGGUCCAGGAACACGUGCAGUCGCCGUUGAAUGCCACGGAGGAUGGCGUACUGAGGAAAGUGCCUCUGGUACCCCUGGCUCGUCCAACAAGCCUGCGUCCUGCUGUUCCCAGGAAGGACCAUUAAGCCAACUUUGAUCCACGGAGACCUGUGGGAGUCCAACAUUGGGACCGAUGUUCACACCGGCGAAAUCUACAUCUAUGACGCCUGUGACUUACUAUGCGCACCACGAGAAGGAGGUUGGUAUCUGGCGUUGCGAACAUCACCAAAUGAACGACGACAAGUACCGGGAUGAGUUGUAACGGUCUCAGGUAGUAUAUUGCAACUAGCUGAUGACGACUCUACG